AACGAGUAGUUUUGCCGGGACAAGGUUGCUCGGGAGCUCGGGUCGGCCAGCGAUCAUAGACAAUCAUAUAUAGGAUUGAGUGUGAAUCAGUGUGAAUCAGCUCUCCGCGACAUCAGCACCCGCAAUUCCUCGCAAACCCCGAAAUUCCCCAGUAAAAUCCCAAUUAGGCAGGUAAUUACACCGGAGUGAGAGUGAACGUGUGUGAUCAGUGGCCACUGGCACUCGGGAAAAUUUCAAUUGACGUUUGCAUCUGUCCUUGGUGCCACUUGACGGCUCGUCGCGACUCAGUUGGCGAAAACUCAGUAGCCAAGUGGUAAAACGGGGAGCGCGGAUUAUGGCGAGUUUGAGGCGUGUCACUGGGUUAACGGGGGGAAUCAAGGGCCUCACCAGGAGUCAUGGAUACAGACAACAUCUGCCCAAGACUUUCUACACUUACGUCAAUGAACCGGCUAUGCCCAUACCUGAGAGGGAGCCUUGCUGGGUCAAAACUGCUGAGGAGGCUGUCGAAAGGGCGGGACUUGCGUCCAAUCAGAUAGUGUUUGUUCAGGGAGCAGCUGCCACACCAGUCGAGCUGUGCCGGGGUCUGACUGAAUAUGGGGUCAAAGCCGAUGUACGAAAUGUUCGACUCUGUCAUAUGCAUCUUGAGGGAGCUGCACCAUUUGCGAAGAAGGAAAACGCAAAACACUUCACAUCCGUCAGCUUCUUCAUCGGUGGAAAUGUCAGAGGGGCAGUUAACGAGGGCCACGCAGACGCCAUUCCAAUAUUUCUCCACGAGAUUCCCAAGAUUUUCGAUCGUGGCCACAUGAGGCCAGACAUUGCACUCAUCCACGUGACACCACCAGACAGCAAGGGAUACUGCUCACUGGGUACCAGUGUGGAUUGCGUGCGAUCUGCGUUGAUCAAGUCCAAGAAAAUUGUUGCUCAAGUGAACCAGAACAUGCCGAGGACGUUUGGAGACGCUAUAAUCCACAAGAGCCACAUUGACUUUGCUGUCGAGCACAAUGGUCCUCUUCCAGCCCACCCUGUCAAGGCCCCAACCGACAAAGAACAGGCAAUUGGCAAGCACAUUGCGGAAAACCUGGUGGACAAUGGCGCAACACUGCAAUUAGGCAUUGGCAGUAUCCCGGACGCAGUAUUAGCGCAAUUAAAGUCACAUAAGAAUUUGGGAAUUCACAGUGAGAUGUUCAGCGAUGGUGUAGUAGACCUUGUCAACUUGGGUUGCAUCACGAAUAACGAGAAGAGUAUUCACCGGGGGAGAAUUGUUGGGUCAUUCUGCGUUGGCUCACAGAAGCUCUACGAUUUCAUGAACAAUAAUCCCUUCAUUGAAAUGUUGGUCGUCGAUUACGUGAACGACCCGAGGAUAAUCGCGAAGCAGCCAAAAAUGACGUGUAUAAAUUCGUGCAUCGAGGUGGACCUGACAGGGCAAAUUUGCUCCGACAGUAUUGGAACGAGGAUGUACUCGGGUUUCGGUGGGCAAGUGGACUUCCUGACAGGCGCUGCGAUGAGUGAGGAUGCCCUGGGCAAGCCGAUAGUCGCCUUGAACUCGACAACGGCCGAUGGAAAGACGAGUAAGAUCACCCCAAUGCUGAAACAUGGAGCUGGAGUUGUGACGAGCCGAGCUCUCGUGAGAUACGUCGUGACUGAGCACGGAAUAGCCAGUCUCUUCGGGAAGACUCUGAAGCAGAGGGCUCAUGCGCUGAUCCAGGUAGCACAUCCAGACCACAGGGAGACCCUCGAAAAAGCUGCCUUCGAGCGUCUCAAAGGGAUGCCAGAGCCUUGAACAUAAUUUUCAAGGCUUCUAGAGUGUAAUUUAGGGCUCUGUCCUUGCCUUAACAUCAUGCAUUUCAGAAUUUCUUUCUUACAAUUCUAAUAAUUCGUGAUCACUCUUGUUUCGUAUCUACAGGGGACAAGAGCUAGGAAGAACAAUUGAGUUGAUUUGAUUUUCUCAGUAAGAUGUACUAUAGUCCAUUCGUAAUUUGGGGAGGGCCGGGGAAAAUGAGCAUUUUCACGUUUUGAAAGAAUUUCAUCAACUUUGGGGAUUGUUAGUGGUGUUUUUCAGUGGGAAAUGCUUUCGGAACUGUCAAAACUGUUCAUUUUACUCCAAUCUCCUCGAUGUUAACAUGAAAAUCACUGUAUAAAGAUGAGAGAUAAGGUACAAAAUGAUAAAGGAUGAUGUUCUUAGAGUUUAAGUGAUGAAUAAAGGAACACUGUUUUUA